CGGCUGUCAGCUGAUAGUCCCUUGCUUUUGCUUUCCAAAACCUAUUUCGAUUCGAUUUUCGCGAAGAAAACGUCAGGCACCAUUCAACAUGGGCUCGAAAUACGCGAUCAAGAGCUAGUUAUAGCUGAAAUAUUGCUCUAAUUGUAGUGUUAUCGUUAUUAUAGUUUCAUUUCACAUGUACGUUGUGUAACUCUUCAAUUAGUCGAAAAUGGAUACGUUUAUCACAGGAUACCUCAGUUAUGGCGUUUGUUGAUCACUAAAAAAUUUCAUUCGGUUGAUAAUUUUCUUUUUAUUUGAUGUCCGUUUUUCGUUCGUGAUCGUCUGUUUCGUUCGCGUUUACGUGUUGACUCGAAAUGGUGAAGGAGAAGCCAAAUUCGAUCCGGAUCUACGAUGAGGAAGGUUUCCGACGCCGUGCGGCUUGUAUAUGCGUGCGAUCCGACGCCGAAACGGAGGUGUUGCUAGUGACAUCAUCUCGGCGGCCGGACAACUGGAUAGUGCCGGGCGGCGGCGUGGAGCCCGAAGAGGAGCCGUCGGUGACGGCCAUGCGGGAGGUGCUUGAGGAGGCCGGCGUCAUCGGCAAGCUCGGCCGCUGUCUCGGCGUCUUUGAGAACCGUGAACACAAGCACCGUACUGAAGUGUACGUGAUGACGGUCACCCAAGAGCUGGCCGAGUGGGAGGACGCGCGCCUCAUGGGCCGCAAGCGGCAGUGGUUCUCCAUCGACGACGCGCUGGCCCAGCUGGCGCUGCACAAGCCCAUCCAACGGCACUACCUGCAGCAGCUCCGACGCAGCCGGAAGCCGGACCCCGACGGGAGCUAAGCUGUGUCAUGACAGGUUUUUGUGAUGUUCGCUGUCGCCUCCCGCACCUCGCCAUUUUGACCUUCGAAACUAGACAAUUUGACACUAGAGUACGAACUGCGAAUACGUUGAUCGUUCUUUAAAAUCCAUAAACUCCGUGAUCUUGUGAAGUACCAUGUCAUGACUAUAUAGGGUUUAGACUUUAUACAUACAGUGCUAAAAGUUAAAAUUUGUCUGAAAAUGAUGAUGCCAGCGGACUUAGGAUUUUAAGUUUGGUUUAUAGUACAUUGGUAUACUGUCUCUUAAAUUGUUUUUUGGCAUUAUAAAGAACUAAGCACGUGGUUGUAAACAGGCAGAAGUAUCUAUUAGGGUAUCUAGUGUCUUGAUAUCUUGUAACUUGUUAGGUUAGAAUGGGGCGGUCCUGGGAGGCGUGACUUUCGUAUUAUACAUUGUAGAUGCCGCAUAUUUUAAUCUUCUACAAUACUAUUUUAGCAGUGUUGGCUUUCGAUUUGUCCUAGUUUUACACCAGUAAUUGUAUUUAUUAUAAUCAUAACACCUAUUUUAUUUAUGAAUAGACACCUGUUAAGUAAUCAUCUCAAAACAGCUUAAUGUAUGGGCAAAGUCGUAUAAAUAUUUUUGGCACUUUGUACGUGUCGAUUUUUAAUACCUUGACUGAACACAGAACGGGGCGCCUCGCGAGUAAAAUGCUGCGUGAGGCAACGCGGUCUGUGAAAAUGCCACGCCCGAGUUAUUUCUAACACGUGCGUUUGUGUGCGUGUCUAUUUAAGUGAAAAAUGCUGAAAUAAAGUUCACUAGAUGUCGCUUCUACAUCGAAUGAUACUCCCAUAAGCUAUGUCCACACUGAGCCUGUUUACGACAAACAAAAACAUGCGCCAUAUCACUUUCAACAUAACAUAAACAUGUCGUCACUUACCGUGCGCACAGGUAAACACAACUCUAACAUUAUGGCAUAAAUAUUGUCUAAGUAACGUUCAAAAAUAAUACCUAAAUGAAAUAUAAAUUGCGAAGUGCUUGGUAAAAAUGAGACCAUACGUGGGUCAAUUUGACAAAUGUGACGUUUUCAACCAAAAGGUACCACAUUGUCGCUUGUCGAUAAGGUUGAUUUCAAAUUGAAGCUGGAAAUAGCGCCUUAUUGACAACCGACAAUAAGUACCCUUUUGGAUGAAAAUGACACAAAUGUCAACUGGCCCAUGACUGAAAGCCGGGUGCCAUAGUCGUGCACAUAGCCCAUUGGUGAGUGACGUUUUUGAAUAUUACGAAUGCAGUGAAAAACUGAACUGUUCUUUUUUUAAGGUAAGGAUAGAUCCCUAAGCCAACACUUUCAUAAUCGACCGAUAUAGGGAUGGGUAUGAGAUUAUUGUUAUUUUAUUAUGGCGCCCAGUUUGUAUGGAUAUACUGUCCUAUACGAAUGACAAAUGUAAUUCUAAUGUGAAACUAUCAUAGCAUGAAAGAACAUAUACUGUAAAUUAAGACAAUUUUAAUCAAUUGACAAUAGAUCUUUUCAAGUUUUAUUAUACUUUUUUUAUUUAAUUAGUUACUGGAAUUGUAUUCUUCGGACAUUUUUACAAGUUAUUUAAACUCAUAAUAGGGCAGUAUAAAAGUGAAAAUGUAUACUUAUUGUACUCAUAAUACAACAACGGCAAGAAACCACUAUUAAAAUCCUUAUCAUAAUUAUGUGGUAUCGACGCAGUAAGAUUUUCUUCAAUUUUAUUGCCUGUUAGAAAGAAAUAGAAAAAUUAGAAAAUGUUUAGUUGUCACUCGUUCAUAAAAUGCCACAUCCUCAAUAUACCAUAGAUACUUAAUCCUGAACGCCACGCCUAUCUUGUGCGGCGCGUUACCACAGAAUAACUAAUAGUACUACCAGGGGUGCGAAACUCCUAGCUUCGGGCAAACUCGGCUCCGUUCGGCUCAGCAUUGCUCCGAGCAAUUAUUAGGGUUGGCACAACUUGACGUCCCUUUGCGUGCACGACCACGAAGAUAAUGACCUGAAUUUUGACAACCCUAAAUAGCCGAAAGGGACAUCAUGAUUCGAUCCUAAACCGCUUUCAAACUUCGGUUUUAUAGGAAGUUUCCUUUCUGUACGGUAGUACUAUUAUUUAUUCUGUGGUACUAACGUACAGAAAAUGGCGUUACCGUAAAGGAAUAUUAAACCUAUAUUGGGCCGCGGGCGGCAGAUGACGGCAGGUGAUACCUUUCGCAACAAAAUACCUAUCAAGCUUAUAAAAUAGCACUGUUUCAAUCAUAUGUAUAUAUAGUGCGUUCUGAUUAGUUACCAAUAUGGCGAGAGACCAGGAGUUGAUGUUAUAUUAUUUAUUACGUACCGGUUGUACUUAGAUGAACUUGGAUCAUAUCAAAUUGUCCCGUGCAUAAAGGGACAAAUAAACAUUAAAUCAUUUUACGGUUUAGACUCACUUGUUUUAGUCACUCGCGCGACAUGUUUCGGAGAGCCUAGGUCUCCUUUCUGAAGCACUAAUAGUGCGAGUGGAACAAAUAAACUACAGCUUUGGGAUAGAGAAUAUAGGGAUACGAUAAAAUAGCAUAUAGAAAUGGAUUUUUGUUCAAUACUGAGUGGAACUGUAUUAUCCGAAAUUGUAUUAACCCUUAAAUUAUCGGGUAAAAGAUGAGUUUUAAACAUCAGAUUUUUUUUCGACACUAUUUUGGUAGUUUGAUAAUGUGGCAUAUUGUGAAAUUGUUGCAACUUAUCAACGUUUUACAGGUAGAUUUACGAAAAUUGACGAAAAUAUAUUGAAUGAGUAAAACUGAAUAAUAAAUCCAUUUAAAUUUUAUUCGUGGCAGAUUUCGUGAAGUUACCUAUAAACAUGCAAUACAUUCUCUCCCAUUCAAACUUUCAUUACUUUUGACAGUAGUAAUUAAAUUAAAUUUUCAGUCGUCUCUAAUGAAUUUAAAUGUGGAAUCAGUCUGACAUUCACAUUGGCCUGUCACUGGUUAGGUUAGGUUACCGGACUGAAACUCGGCUAGGGAACUACAGCGAAAACUGUGAACCUUAAUGAUACGAAAUAAGGAUCACUGUUGGACGCGUUCGACGAAAGUUUGUAAGAGAAAAUUGACAACGCGCGCGUAGAAUUUUGAGAUUUUUAGCUUGUAAAGUGACAACCCUAAGAAAGAUGUCAUGCUCCUGAAAUGCCAUAGAGCAAGAAAAAAAAACGAAGAUUGUCGUGCUCCCUGGUAACCCCACUUUCUGUUUUGAAAUUUUCUUUUGGCAGGUUGGUAACAGUAAUACUGAAUGUACAUACUCAAAACUUAGUAUACCUAGAUAGAUUGAAUGUGUAAUUUAAAUGAACUUGGGGUUGCUGUUGAUAAUCUCAACAACCCAACAUAAUUUUUUAUGCUUACCUUUUUAGUAAGAGAGAAUAAACUUGGGAGUCUUAAUAUUCACAUACAUUAUUCAAUUGCAAUUCGGAGUUUGGAAUCAUUGAAAAAAAAAACAUAAAAACUGAAAGUGGGGUUGCCAAGUAGAUUGACAUUAACCAAGAGCUAGCUGAUUUGGUAUUUAUUUUUAAGACAUUAGAGCUCAUUUCUGAUGUUUUUGGCGCGCGGGUUGUCACUUUUCCGCAGUAAUGUUGGCGGUAUCGGUAGAUCAUCGCUAUGAACACUUCUUUUCUAUUUUUACGUAUAUUUUUAUACUACGAUGGAAUAAAUGUUAAUUUUAUUUUGUUAGCAUUAAAACGAAAAAGACAUCGCCGAUAUUUUUAUUUAAUUUAAAUCUUGUUUUUUUAAGUAUCCUGGUAUAGUUUUAAUAAUAAAUUUAUAUUGCUCUUC